AUGAAGUCAUCCGUGCAGGCGUUGCUGCUCGAUAUGGACGGCGUGUUGGCCGAGGUGUCCCAGUCCUACCGCCAGGCCAUCAUCGACACUGCGCGUCACUUCGGCGUGCCUGUCACGCACGAGGACAUCGACCGGCACAAACUGGCGGGCAAUGCCAACAAUGACUGGCAGUUGACGCACCGUCUGGUCCUGGACGGUCUUAACAACGCCAGAGCUGCCCCCACACUAGAAGCAGUCACGGCUCAAUUCGAGGCUCUGUAUCAAGGUGUGGGCAACACUCCGGGUCUGUGCGAGCUUGAGACGCUGCUCACGCCCGAGGGAUUGUUGCGUGAGCUGCACCGUCGUCUUCCCAAAGGCAUGGCGGUGGUCACGGGACGACCUCGCAAGGACUGCGUCAAGUUCUUGACCGCUCACGGCAUCGAGGACUUGUUCCCAGUGCAGAUCUGCAUGGAGGACUGUCCGCCUAAGCCAUCACCGGAGCCCAUUCUUCUCCACUCAAGGCUCUGGGCUCGAGCCCCAUACGCCGCCAUGGUUGGAGACACCGCUGGAACUAUUGCCUACGGUGUCUUGACCCCACAGACGUACGCCAAGUCGAUCCUAGACCAAACACUUGCAGCUAUUGGCAAGGUAUUGGAAGAGGUCGGAGCUUCAGUUGUGCUGACUCCGGGACUUGCAGAGCUGCUGGACCUCAUCCCUCCAGUGGCGGCAGCUCUCACGACAGCGAACAAGACCCCGUCUUUGACUGGCAAGUGCGCCGCUCGUGAGGCCAGCAUCUCGCGCGUAACCAAGGAGACGUCGAUCAGUGUCAAGCUGUCGCUAGACGGCACGGGCAAGUCCACGGUGAGCUCUGGCAUUGGAUUCCUGGACCACAUGCUGACGGCUUUAGCCAAGCACAGUCGCUUCGACCUGGAACUUGACUGUAAGGGCGACACGUGGAUCGACGACCACCACACGACGGAGGACUGCGCGUUGACGCUCGGCGAGGCCUUCGAUGUCGCGCUGGGCGACCGCGCGGGUAUCGCUCGCUUCGGCUCGGCGUGUGUACCGCUGGAUGAGGCUCUGUCCCGCGCUAUCGUGGACAUCUCGAGUCGCGCGCACAGCGAGAUUAACCUGCAGCUGGUGCGUCCGAGCGUGGGCGAGCUGUCGUGCGAGAUGAUCACACACUUCUUCGAGUCGUUCGCCAGCGCCGCUCGUCUCACGCUGCACGUGGAUGUGCUCCGUGGCCGCAACGACCACCACCGCGCCGAAGCGUCCUUCAAGGCGCUGGCCGUCGCGCUGCGUACUGCCGUCAAGCACGACGCCACUGCGGGCGUUCCGAGUACCAAAGGUGUUUUAGCGUGA